AUGCCUCCCAAAGCCCCCGCCACCGUCGAAGAAGCGCAGGCAAUCUUCCAGAGAUACCGCACGGAGCUCCAACUGCUCGCCACGAAAAUAGGGGAAAUCGAGACGGACCUCGACGAGCACGCCUUGGUCCUGAAGACUCUGCAACCAUUGCAAUCUUCCGAUCCCACACGGACGUGCUACCGAUUGAUCGGCGGUACCCUCGUAAAGCGCACCGUUACCGACGUCGUCCCCUCCCUCGAAGCAACCCACAACGGAAUACAAAAAGCUCUGGAUACACUGGCCGCCAAUUACAAGCAGAAGGAUGCAGAGUUUGCGGAUUGGAGAAAGGUUGCUGGUGUACAGGGAUGA